AUGAAUAAUAGAAUAAAAUCCCUAAAUUCAAUUUUACAAAUUAACAAAUUUUAUUAUAAAAAGUUUAUUAUUAUUAUAGUAACUAUUCUAUUAAUCUUAUUUACAAGUUCAAUUUAUAAAACUUCAUUUGUAUCAUUAACAUUAUCGCAGACGUCAAUAGAUUAUGAUAAUGUCAAAAAUAAUAAUGUAAAUAUAGAUAUCAAGACAGUGGAUAAAUUAAAUGAUAUACUAAAUUAUCAAAAUAAUUUGCAGCAAUUAUCAGAGAACAAAAUCAUAACAGAUAUUAGAAUUGUGAAGUGUAAUGAUUAUGAGAGUCAAGGUUUUUUAAGAAAACUACUAUUUCCAUCAACAUUUUCUUUAUCAUGUCAAAAAUUGAUACCCAAUGAUUAUACCCAAUUGAAACCACAAUUGAAUUACAAUCAAUACUUUAGGUAUUCAAUCGAACAAAACUCAUUUCACGCUAAAGGUAACUUCAACAUCUUAAAAUACCUAUCAAAUACAUUUUUCAACUCCAACAACGAUUAUUACAUAAUUUAUAAAUCAGACUAUGUCCAACAUUCUAAAAAGAUCAUUGGUGAUAUAAGUCUAGAAAAAAGUGAUGAUUCAUAUGAGUUAAUCAACUUACAACUCUACAAAAAUAAAAUUUUGACCGACCCAAAUGAAUUUCCAACAACUUUUAAUUAUAAAUUGUAUAUCAAAUCAGUCAAUUUAGAUCCAAAUGGCAAUAAUGAUGAAUUAUUAUCACAUUCACCUAUUUUACGCUCUAUUAAUGUCUUAUUUGGUGAAUCAGACUUAAAUGAUGCAAGAAAAUAUCACAAAACAAUAGAUUUAAAAACUCAAGAUAAUGAUCAAAUACAUCCAAUUUUAUCAUUAAAUUUCAUGAAUAUUCAAAAUGAGAAAAUUUUCAAACAAUUAACUAAAGAGAAUUAUUUAACUAAACAAGAUCAUUUAAUUUCAUUAAAUCCUAUUACUUCACAAAACAAGUUUAAAAUUUUACAAUUAACUGAUUUACAUUUUGGUCAAAAUUUAGGCAACUGUAAUUAUGAAAGUAACGGAAAUGUUCAAUGUUCAUCAGAUUUAAAAACUUUAAAAUUCAUUGAGUCAUCUAUUGAAUUAGAAAAUCCAAAUUUAAUAAUUCUAAAUGGUGAUUUAUUUGAUUUAAAUAGAGUUAUUGAUUUUAAAUCAGUAAUAUUGAAAAUUUUGCAACCAAUUUUGCAAAGGAAUAAAUUUUUUAUAAUUACAUUUGGUGAUGAAUUUAAUCAAAUUCCAGAUAGGAGAAAAUCAAUUUAUAAAAAAACCAUAAUUGAAUUUGUUUCAACAUUACCCAAUUGUUUAAAUUAUGUUAAGGAUUUAAAUCUUCAUGGGUUUACAAACUAUAAUUAUCAAAUUCAAAUGAAUGAUAUACAUACCAAAAUUUCAAUCCUUGAUUCUCAGUCACAAUUCAUUGAUGAAUCGCAAAUCACGUUCUUAUAUCGUGAGAACAAUAAUAAUAACGUCCAAAAUCAUUUUAAAUUAUUAUUUUUUCAUAAUCCAAUUCCACAAUUCAGACCAAUUGGGAAAUUUAAAAUUAUUGGUUCAUAUAAUGAAAAACAUUUAUUAAAUUCAAAAAUAAAUGAAAAAUUUCAUGAUGAUUUAAUUAAUUUAAAUUAUAAUGUUUUGAGUGUUGGCCAUGAACAUGAAAAUGAUGCUUGUAUAUUACUGGAAAAGAAUAACAAUGAUGAUGAAAAAAACAAUGAAAAAAAGGAAUCUAUUUGGUUAUGUUAUAAUAGUAUUACUGGAGAUUCAGGAAUAACUAAAAUUGAUAAAAAUUUUAUUAGAAAAGUUCGAAUUUUUGAAAUUGAUUAUAAUUCAAAGAAAUUAUUAAGUUGGAAAAGGAAUGAAAAUGAUUUACAGGUUUUUGAUUAUCAAUUAAUUCAUCAAAUGGUAUAA